AUGGAGCACAUUAGCAUGAAGUUCAAUACUCCCGUUAUUCACGUGGUACAGCUAACCGAGCCUGUGGACGAACGCAGCUCUCUUGAAGACAUGAUCACCCUUCUCAACGUGACCGUACCGUUUGAUGACGACGCGAGCACAGCUACUAACGACGAAGACGUAGCUGACGACGCCGAUGAGGGUGUAGCUGACGACUACGCGGAUGUAGUUGCAGGCGACGACGUGGACAGAGCGGACGACGACGGAGAAGGCACAGCUGACGAUGACGCGGGCGUAGCUGCCGACACUGGAGUGGCUUUCCGUGUCGGCAGAUCCUCCCCAGGCGUCGUGCUCACGGCUGUUCGCGGGAUCGCUUUCUUGAUUGUAGCUCCGUUUCUGGCGGCCUUCGUGUGA